AUGGCUGGUGUCGCAGUUCUUAACCCCCAGGAUUGUCUUCCAACUUCACGGCCCCGAAAGCCGAUAACCUCCCCCUCCUCUUCUUCUUCACCUAAAAUUCCGAGUCCAAGUCCUAAAUCUUCUCGAAGCUCCCGUACCAACCCCAACCGCCAGAAAAAGAGCCAGAUCCGACCCGAUACCAAACAGCCAAUCAUGGUCCGAUUCACUAUCUUAAAACGCGGGGAACCCCUUCCCCAAACCACGCAGCUUCCCAAAACCGAGAAGACCACCUCCGAUGCGGUGGCCGUCCGUCCGAAAGAGUUAAUUGGCGGGAUGUACGCAGGGUCGUGUGUGGCCUCGCCGCCGCCUAGCUCGGUUCCGGUGCCGAUUUUCGUGACGAAGAAAAUCGCGGCGGUGAGUGAAGCGACGAACGAACUUAGGAAGAUGCUGAGGUUGGAGUUCUCGUAG